UGGGCUCGGUUCCUCGUUUCUCUCUCACACGCCUCCUUUUUGGUUGCUUUGGAGACCCACCUCACCUUCCCCUCUCUCCCCUCCCCUUCCCCUGUUCCCUGUCAUUCUGUCAAGCUAGUACACCUCUCAGUGCGAAGAUUCAACCUGCUGCAGUUCUUCUUGCUCCCGCAGCGCUCCCGCACAGAGAUUUGCUCCUCCUCUUGUCGGCAGGCUUGGUUCUUGGUUGCAUUCCGCAGCGGCUGCCUCGAUCUGCUCCCCCGCCAGAUUCGAUUGAUGUGGUGUGCUCUUGGAGCCAGGGGCUCUAAUCCGGCAGCCGCUCCCCGUGCUCUGAUCCCCGACUUUGAUGAGGCUCUCGCAUUGUGAGAGCCACUGCGCCGGCCCCUUCCGCUUCAUCACCUGCCUCCCCAAAUCCAAAGAUGCGAGCCGCGACGCUGCCUCUGCGCCGGCGCCGCGCUUGGCCGCCGUCGCCGAGGAGGAGGUGGUGCCUCCGGUUCAGAAGAUAGAGGUGCCGGUAGCCGGAAAGGACGGCAACGAGGAGGAGGCUGAGGAGCAGGAGGAUGGUGAGAAGGCGGCGGUGGCAACGGCGGCCGCGCCGACGAAGAGUUGCUUGAAGAAGGCCAACUGCGGCGAUGGGAAGUGUGCCGUCAAAGGCAAUGUGCAGUGGCUGGAUUUGCUCGGGAAGGAUCUGACAGAGGUUAAGGAAUAUGAGCCCAGCGAACGUGGAGACUUUCUUGACGACGGAGACGGCAUCUCGGCAUGUGUUUGCGUUAUCCAAUGAGUCAAGGAGAAUCCUGUAAACUCUGUGAGAAAAAAAAAGGGUGGUUCGCAUCAGCCAUGAUGUGUUCUUUCCAGUGGAGGGCCAGGGUGUUUUGUUGCUUCCUCCAUGAGCUCCAUCGAAGAUGCCCAACCAGAACCAAUCGUGUGUAGUUUUCAAAAAAAAAGAAAGGGAACCAGUCAUGUGUAAACCAGUCUCAUCAGUACGUGCCAUUAGAUGCUGCGUAGCCUAGCCAUAGGUUGGUGUCAGUCUAUCAGGAUUGUGUUUGGGUCUGCAGGCUGCAGCUGGUUUUUCAGAGUGGUACAUUGGUUGUCUAGUUGCAGGCAGAAUGCUACCUUUUGUAAAGCUUUAUACUAAUAGAAAAUUAGCUUAGUACUAAAAUCUCAUUAAGGUAUAAUGAAAA